AUGCCGCAUAACGCAGCGAAUAGUAGAAGUGUGGAGCUGCCAGAACCAGUGAUAAAUUGGCUUUUCAAUGUCAUUCAACCUAUAUAUCAAGAUCCAAGAAGAACGUUUCACGACGCCGUUGCGUUGCUGAGUCGGUUCAAACAGUUGCGGCCGAGAACCAGAGUAUUUACCAACACCAAUGGGACCUCAGAGCUGCUUCUAUGCAUAUACGGGAAGUUGGAAGUCGGACCAGCGCUCCCCAUACUAGUCUGGCUACCAAUGAGCUACCCGGUUGAACAUCCGCUGUUGUUCAUUGACUUGGAAUCUGCAGCAGGCUCAAGACCUUGCACUGGAAGAUAUGUAGCGGCUGACGGAGAAAUUCGACUGCCGAUGCUGGAUCAUUGGCGUCCCGAACUGAGCAACUUGCCGCAGCUGAUAGAAGAGCUUACAAGCAUCAAUUUCAGGAAUGAGCUACUGUUAUCGGAUACCGAUCCCAGAGCGUGGCGACCAUCCCCAGCGGAUUCGCUGCCAGAUUUACCACCGAAGCCACCAACAGUGCCGCCAAGGCCAACAGCCCACGUAAGCGGUCCUCCAUUGCCAGUUCCUCCUCAUAUUUCGGCAAGUGCUGGGCUCGCCCCUAUAACGCCGUCUCACACAGGUCCACCUCGCAUUCCAGAAAGGCCACCUACUGCAGCUUCGACCGACCUUCUGGACUGCGAUAUCAAUGUCAAUGAAAACACGAGGCAUGUGAAAGCCAUCGAGCACCUCCAGCAAAGUCUCAGGGAAAUACGGCUCUCGAGCUCUCUAGCCGCUGAAGAAAGUCUUGAAGGCCGUAAGGCUGCAAUCAGAAACACAAUCAAGCAAUUCGAGAUGGCUCUUGCAUACGAGGAAGCUACGCUACAAAGAUCCUUCGAGGCUAUCGAGCAGACCAAAGAGUCUCUCAGCAAGCAGAUCGACGCCAUGCACAGACAAGUUGAACAAACUGCGGCGUAUGAGAGCAGGCAAGGCGAUGACCCCGACCCCAGUACCAUCAUAGCUACGGAAAACAAUAUAGUGGGUCAACUUUACAGAUUAGUUGCCAAAGAUUGCGCCCUCUCUGAUGCCUUUAACACAUUGAACCGUCUUUUGACCAAUGAGGUCAUCAGACUGGACAUUUUCGUCAAGAAAACCAGAGCGUUGGCCCGUGAGCAGUUCUUGGUCAGACUGCAUAUACAGAAAGUUAUCGCCCAGCUAGACCGGCAACUGUAG